AUGCCAAAAAGUUUUAAAAGCAGUUCUACCGAGACUAAAAGUUCUAAGGGUGGAAAUGUUACUAGUAAGGCUAACAACAGCGACAAUGAAAAGAAAAGUGCUAAAGUAAGUGGAACAAUUGUGAAGUCACGUUAUCUUCAAUCUGCUGAGAAAACGACUCUUUCAAAGAGCAGUUCAUCAAAUAACGAGACUAUGAAACCUCCUCAAAGACCGGCCUCGCCUAAACCCAGACCAAAAGUGGGAACUCCCCCAAGGCGAUCAGUUGUACCCCAGCUUCUCACAACCUCGAUCAUGUCAAAGAAAAACGAGACUUCCAUUCUUGUUAAAAAUGUAUUGCAAUCCACUAUCUCUGGUGAACAUAGCAUAUGCCCACAUCCAGAUUUUGAUCUUUCAGCAAUUACAGAAAAAAAUCCACCACAGAAUGCUGCCGUACCUGACAAAAGGAUAAUUGAGAUGCAAACAUUGCUGCUGGCCUAUCUAACAGCUAAGAUGGAGAAUAAUACAGAAAAGCUGCGGGUUGAGGCAGAGACCAGGAUGCUCGAAGAGCUGGAGAAGGAAGAGGCUCUACGUAUUGAGGUUUUGGAAAAUAAGCGUCAGUAUGAGUUAAAAGAAAAGAACAGACUUCUAAAUGAGCUGUUGGAACUGCAAAUUGCAUCAUUGGCCCCUAUAGUAGAUGCUGCCACUCCUUUCACUGAAGAAUACAAGUCCUUUGCUGCAGCCGUGGAUACAACUCUGCAUGAAUUACCUGUGAAGAACUUCUACAUGGACAUCGAACAGACAGAUUUUCUAGACAAAGCUGAGUCCUGUCUAAAAGAGAGCGAACAGUUGGUUAAAGAGUGCACACACGGGAACACCGAGGAGAAUUCUACAUCCCUAGAUUCUCUUAAGAGCAUGAAAAACAUUUCAAAGACUAUUGGUCAAGAACUUACAGGAGCAUUUUGGGAAUUGCAGGAGUUAUCGUCUCUCAUCUGCCGACAAACCAUCCACCUUCAACAGGCCGCAGAAGAGGAGCAGCUGGGAACCGCACAGACACACAUGCUCUACUACGAGGCAGAGGAGCCCCUCGUUCAUCGAGGGUUGAUACAGGCGAGUGGAAGUCCAAAAAUCCGUCAUGGCGAGAAUCCCAAGACCAAGGCCUCAAACGGGAGGACAAGCUCAGGGAGUGUGUGCCCAAGGUAUGAGAUACUGGCUGGAACGGAGAGGGAUCGUCAGCCCCGGGCAGAUCCCCGACGUACAGUGAAGGAGUAUUCCAGACCUGCUGCAGGAAAGGACUCCACAAACCCCAGAGAACUUCGACCACCAGAUGUGCUGCUGAAGACCGUGCAUUAUCUGAUUGAUCAAAUAGCUACCUCCCCAAAACUGGAAUGGACUGAGGUGUAUGGCUUUGUGUUCGAUCGCCUGCGUGCAGUUAAACAAGACAUGAUUAUCCAGCGACUCUCUGGGAACUCGACCUCAAAUGCCAACCAGGAAGAGUAUGAAGCACUAAAUCUGCUUUACAAUUUAGGUUCUACCCAGGCCCUGCAGCGCAUCAUACAACUUCCAGUGGGGCUUCGCAGGACUCCUGACAUUUCUUUGGCUCUGUCCAUCAAUCGUGCUUACCUGGAACGUAAUCCCGUCCGUCUUCUGCGAUUGGCUAAGAAGGCAAGUUAUGCCCAAGACAGACCGGGGUACUUGGUUGCUGCCCCAUCCUUGUUUCGGGCCGGCACAGAGGAGUCCAUCAGUGUGACGAUCUUCAAUGCCAAAGCAGAGACUAGGGUCCAAGUGCAGUUGUCGGUAAAGGGGCAGGUGGUCGCCCACAGUCAUGCCUCCGUGUAUGACAAAGGCACCAUCACUCUAAAGGUUCCCUCUGGGCUGCGAGGCCAAGCUCACCUCAAAGUGUGGGGGAAUCGGCACCUCACAGCAGGAGGAUACAUCUUUCAAAAUGACACCACUGUAACCGUGGACAGCAAGGGCACGGCUGUCUUUAUCCAGACCGACAAGCCCAUCUACAAACCCAAGCAGAAAGUGUUCAUCAACGUCUACACGGUCAACCCUGACAUGAGACCUGUGAAUGAGAAGGUCGAGGCCUAUGUUUUGGAUCCAAAAGGCUCAAGGAUAGUCCAGUGGGAAGAUCUACAGUCUGUCUGCUGUGGAGUGGUAAACAUGAGUUUUCCUCUGUCUGACCAGCCUGUGUUUGGAGAGUGGCUUAUUUUUGUUGAAGUGCAGGGUCACACCUACAACAAAUCAUUUGUGGUGCAGAAAUAUGUCAUGCCAAAAUUUGAGUUGGUAAUUGAUCCACCUCCUUAUAUUCGUGAUCUGAAAUCAUGUGAGCAGGCCACGGUGAGAGCCAGGUAUAUUUUUGGAAAACCUGUGAUUGGAAAGUUAACUAUUAAUAUGACUGUGAAUGGAGUAGGUUAUUAUCGUCAUGAAAUGGGUCAUCCAGUCAUUAAAAUGAUGGAGAUCAAAGGAUCUGCCAACUUCAGCCUCUGUGUGAGGGACAUGAUGGCCUUAGAUGUGGCAGACCAUUUCAGAGGCUCUGUCAGCAUUUGGGCCACUGUGAUCAGCAUAGAUGGAAGCAAACAAACCAUGUUUGAUGAUUCAACACCUGUUCACAAGCAGCUUAUAGACAUCAAGUACUCAAAGGACACACGGAAGCAGUUCAAGCCUGGUCUUCCUUACAAAGGAAAGCUCGAGGUGACUUAUCCAGAUGGGAGUCCAGCUGAUGGGGUGAAAGUGCGUGUGAAAGCUGAGCUUCCGCCCAAAGACAAUGUGUACACGACUGAGGUGACCUCCAAGGAUGGAUUGGCAAUGUUUGAGAUCCCCUCGAUCCCUGCUGCAGCUCAGUAUGUGUGGCUGGAGACUAAGGUUAUAUCCAUCGAUGAGAAGACUGUAGGAGAUCAGUAUUUACCCAGCUAUCUUUCUAUCAGCAGCUGGUACUCUCCUAGCAGGUGUCAUAUACAAAUCCAAAGCCCUAGUGUCCCACUAAAGAUUGGCCAAGAAGCAGAACUGGCAAUAAAAUCAACAUGCCCCUGCAAUGUCACCCUUCACUAUGAGGUGGCAUCUAGGGGGAACAUAGUUCUCUCUGGGCAUCAGUUAGCCAACCUGACUGCCUCUCAUAGAGGGAAAAGAGCCACUGUCACAUUUGAGAAAUUCGUUCAUACCACACCCUCAACGUCUGGCUCUGCGUCCCACACAGAGAUGGACAGUUGUGUGUCGUAUCUGCACUUCCCUGUUGGACACAGCAUGGCUCCUGUGAGCCGCCUGCUGGUCUAUUACGUACGGGACAAUGGAGAAGGUGUCUCUGACAGUCUGCAGAUCCCCGUCCAACCCCGCUUUGAGAAUCAGGUCUCAGUUUCUCUGUCGACAAACGAGUCCGCACCAGGAGAAGCCGUGACCAUGCAUGUCCACGGACAGAAGGGCUCCUGUGUGUGUGUGGCCUCUGUGGAUAAGAGCAUGUAUCUCAUCAAGCCUGGUUUCCAGAUAACUCCAGACAAAGUGUUUCAGGAGCUGGCAGACUUCGAUGUGUCCGAUGCCUUUGGUGUGCCUAAAGAGGAGGGGCACUUCUGGUGGCCGGGGCUGUCUUCAAAGAGACGCAGGCGUUCGUCUGUGUUCCCGUGGCACUGGGACGUGACCAAAGACGCACGCUUUGCUUUUACAGAAACUGGGCUGGUGGUGAUGACAGACAUGGUGAGUCUGAACCAUCGACAGAGCGGCAGCAUUUAUACAGAUGAGGCUGUUCCUGCUUUUCAACCUCACACCGCAGCGAUUGUUGCAGCCACUCACACGCGCUCUCCAGUCAGAGCAGACAAGCGAAGACGCACAUUUUUUCCAGAAACGUGGGUAUGGCACUGCUUCAAUAUCAGUGCGGAGAGUGGGCACAUGGAGCUUCAGUUAGAUGUGCCUGACUCCAUCACCACAUGGGUAACGGACGCCAUCAGUCUCUCUGAAGGAAGUGGUCUGGCUUUGGCCAAGAGGACUGAACUCCGGGUCUUCAAACCAUUUUUUGUGGAUUUUACGUUAGCAUACAGCCUCAUCAGAGGAGAACAAACUAAAGUUCCCCUUACUGUCUACAACUACCUUCCAACCUGCUCCGAGGUCCAUGUUAAAAUCUCUGUUCCAAAAGGCAUCAAGUUUGUGGGCCAUCCAGGAAAACACCACCUCACAAGAAAGAAAUGUGUGGCUCCAGGAGAAGCUGCGCCAACAUCCAUCGUAUUAUCCUUUUCUGAACUGGGAAUGGCCAACAUCACGGCUCGUGCCAUUGCAUACAGUGAAGCAAGCUGCUGUUCUGAUGGAAUCUUGUCAAGUCGGACAAGCAAUGAUGUGGAUGAGAAGAGGCUCCCUGUCGGCCUGGACUUUGUGCGGAGAACUGUUUUAGUAGAGCCAGAGGGCCUUUCCAGAGAAUACACCUACAGUGUUUUCUUUUGUCCAAACGAGAGAAUCCACAUCUCAACUCCUAAUAAGUAUGAGUAUCAGUACGUGAAAAAACCAGCCCGGAUGACCCACUUCCAGGUGGCGGUGAAGACGCACAACGACGCACACUUUGCCCUCUCCCCCAGUCCUCAUGACAGCGCGGAGAUGGUAGAGAUUGUGCUCGGGGGAAGACAAAACACACGAUCCUGGAUUUCUAUGGGCAAAAUGGGCGACCCUCUCAUGAGUGUUUCAACUCCGAGCCUUUUGUCCUGGGACGAGUUUAGGAGUUUUUGGAUCAGCUGGAAAGGUGGAGUUGUCCAGGUUGGCCAUGGUUUGCACCCAUCUAAUGACUCGGUGAUCCUCCUUUGGGCUGGUAGCGGUGCGGGGCAGGUACGUCACAUUGGCUUCUCCACAGGAUGGGGAUCUGUGGGAGAGUUUAAGAUCUGGAAAAAGGAGGAUUCCGAAGAAAACCACAAUGAAGCGUUUACUCUUGGUGUUCCGCACAACGUGGUCCCUGGAUCUGAGAGAGCCGCUGCCUUCAUGAUUGGGGAUGUGAUGGGGCCAACUUUAAAUAACCUGGAUAAGCUGUUACGGUUACCGUUCGGAUGUGGUGAACAGAACAUGAUCCACUUUGCUCCCAAUGUGUUUGUGCUCAAGUAUCUGCAGAAAACACGACAGCUCAGUUUGGAUGUAGAAAAUGAAGCUACUGACUACCUUCUGCAAGGCUACCAGCGACAGCUGACCUACAAACGCCAGGAUGGCUCGUACAGCGCCUUUGGAGAGAGAGAUUCCUCUGGCAGCAUGUGGUUAACAGCCUUUGUUUUGAAAUCAUUCGCUCAGUCCAGGAGUUUCAUUUUCAUUGACCCUGAAGAGCUGCAUGCAGCAAAGUCCUGGCUGAUCAAGCACCAGAGCCAAGACGGCUCCUUCCCCGCGAUGGGCCGCAUCCUCAACAAAGACCUCCAGGGAGGAAUUUAUGGAAAGAUUUCACUGACUGCGUAUGUGGUGGCAGCUCUUUUGGAGACGGGGAUAACUACUGAGGAGGAGAAGGUGUCUGUGACCAAAGCCAAAGAUUUCCUGGAGAGUAACCUUUACUCUGCUGAUGAUCCGUACACCACCGCCCUGUGUGCUUACGCUCUGGCUCUGCUACGCACUCCAUACGCACCUUUGGCUCUGCGCCGGCUCAACCACAUGGCCAUCACUCAAGAUGGACUCACCCACUGGAGCUUGACUGGCAGCACAAUGACGGACGAGGACACAUUCAUGGGCUUUAACGACGGCCUCUCCCAAUCAUUGGUAUCUGCAGAGGUGGAGAUGACCGCCUAUGGUCUUCUAACCUACACACUGUUGGGAGACGUGGCCUCUGCUCUGCCUGUAGUCAAAUGGCUUUCCAAACAGAGAAAUGCUCUGGGUGGUUUUUCCUCCACACAGGACACGUGUGUGGCUCUGCAGGCGUUAUCGGAGUACGCUAUACUGUCCUAUGUCGGAGGGGUCAAUCUCACCAUCUCUUUAGCCUCAACCAACCUUGAUUUCCAAGAAACAUUUGAUCUUAACAGAGACAACAAGAAACUCCUUCAAAGUGCCAAGAUCCCCAGCAUACCCACCGGCCUUUUUGUGAGUGCCAAAGGAGAAGGCUGCUGUCUUAUGCAGAUCGAUGUGUCUUACAACGUCCCAGACCCCACAUCCAAACCAGCCUUCUACCUAAAGGUGGACCUGAAGGAGGCAGUGGAGAGAAGUCCUCAGGCUCCUGGGUCUGUCCGGCACAACAGCCCGCUGCCCCGGAGUCGUGCUGACAACCGCUCAGAGCUAAACCGCAAACGCAGAGCUCCCAUCGAGGACGACGACCCAGCGGCCCACCAGGACAAAAUGGACCUGCGCGUCUCUCUGGAAGUCUGUGCCAGGUGGCUCCACUCCGGCUCUUCCAACAUGGCCGUCAUGGAGGUUCCAAUGCUGUCGGGGUUCAGACCAGAUGUUGAAAAUCUGGAGCGGUUGCUGAUGGACAAGAGAGUUGGCCUAAAGCGGUAUGAGCUGAGUGGGAGAAAAGUCAUUUUUUAUUUUGAUGAGAUCCCUAGUCAAUGUAUUACGUGUGUGGCUUUUCAAGCAGUCAGAGAGUAUAUUGUGGGAAAGACGGCACCCGUACCGGUCAAGAUCUAUGAUUACUAUGAACCAGCCUUUGAGACUGUUCGCUUUUACAACGUGAGCGAGAGCAGCUUGUUGGCCCGAGAGCUGUGUGACGGUCCCACCUGUAACGAGGUGGAGAGCUCCACCAACCAGUGGAUAGGUUUUGUACAAAGUAACCAUUGCAAUAAUGUGUUUGGCUGUAUGGAGGAGGAGCAGUUUGAGCGCUGCACUUGCCACAGAGACUGCGGCUAUGAUGGGGAGCCGGUCUGUGGCUCAGACGGCCAGCUUUACCAGAACCAAUGCCAAAUGGAUGUGUUUGCUUGUCGGAAUGGUACACAGAUCAAGCAAGUGCCCUUGUCCUCAUGUUAUCACAUGGUUACCGUGGUUGAGGACAAGUCAGCGGGAGCAAACAAGGACACAGAGCAGUCUGUGCCAGAGCAUACAGGUGAUGAGGAUAAGGUCUCUGUUGCUGAAGUCUCCUAUUAUUCCUAUGAAGACAGAGGCCAGUAUUCCUGCAGACAUUCAGCCUCCAACACCAGACACAAGAACCCGCCCAGAGCGAUGAAACAAUUUUGA